UUAAUGCAUUUUGUGUUAGAUCUUUAAUUUUAAAAUAUGGACUGGAUUCAUUGCAAUAAUUGUUAUGCUCAAUUAGCACCUGGAACGACUUUACAUUUAACAUCAUGUGGUCACAUGUUUUGUAACAAUUGCUUAGAGAAAGGCGGUACAGAAAGUACAUGUUUAAUAUGCCGAGCGCCGUGUUCCGUCAUGAAACUCGUUCCCGACAUGAAACAGGAGGUUCAAGAUUACUUCACCGAUCCUGAGGAAUUAAUUAAAAAGUCCUGUGAGGUGUUACAAUUUCAGAGGCAACACAGACGGCGGUUGUUAUCUUAUUUAUUGCAAUCUACAAAGAAAUUCUACACGGCACGAAACGAGCUGAAACGCAUGACAGAGUUAUGUCAAAAGCAACACCAUCAACUUAAAGAGUAUCAGAGAACUAUUCGCAGUUUGGAAGCACAGCUCGCCAACCAAUCAAAGCAAAUAUCUCCGUUCAACAUCCCCAUAUCGCCUGGGACCAACAUAUCGCCGAGUUUCGUGCAGUCCACACCUACUUAUAAGAGAAAUGCUAAGAGUACACCGUUUUCCGUUCAGCAGUAUCAGUCGAACCUCGUUACACCGACACGAAUAAGUAAACAGAGGUCUGCAAAUAUUAGCGGUCAUAGUCAGCGAUCAAACACUUCCAACAAGAUUUCAUCCACAGUCUUCACGCCACCGACUCCAGAGUCAGCAGGGUUUUGUAGCGGUAAUGAAUCGGGCUAUAUGUCAAAUAGUCCAUUACGAUCACCCGGAGUCUAUUGCAAUGGCUAUGGGAAAUGUCCAUUCAAUAAAAGAAUGAAGAUUAUGAGGUUCGAUUAGUAAUUUUAAGUUAAUUUUAUUUUAUUUAUGUAAGAUGUAUUAGAGGUACGGAAUAAUAGAUUUUACAGUAGCUUCGCUCAUUGCCACGUUUUUUGUUUAAAAAUAAAAAAUGACAUUUGCAGUUUCAAAGUCCAUUACAAUUAUCUCAAAAUAAUUCUGUAAAUAUAAUACCAUUUUCUUGAAUUCUGAAUUUGCAAUGAUAUGCAAAGUUCUAACUAUUUCGAAUAUUAGAUAGUAAAUGGAGCGAAAGCGUUGCUACAAAUUGAAAUAAGUACCCGGUAAGUGUAAUACUACGAAAUGGGUUUUGCAGUCUCCUAAUAGGAUAGCUUUUGGCAUUUCAAUUUUGUACCUAUGCAUGUUAAUUCAAUAACUAAAAUAUAAUUUGCAUGUUUGUUUUAGUAUUUAACAAAUA